AUGGCAAACAACGGCCCAUCCAUCAAGAGUGAGCCUGGUACUCAGGACGCCGAGGUGUGGGAUGAGGAGCGUCUCGAACAGGCACUAGACGAGCUCAAGCUCUUGCAUAUCAAACUUCGCGGGUUGCGCACGACGAUCCCAAGAAUGAUGGAGCCUUUGUCCAUCAAACAACCAAGUCCUCAAAUCACGUUCCAAUCGUACAUGGAAUCGGUGGCUGCGGCCAAGAAGGAGGUGCAAGACUUCCAGGACCUCAGAAAGAGCGACAAGGUAACGGACAUUAUGGAACAUGCCACACAACGUCGGAAAGAGGAGCCAAAUGGCAUUAAGGCAUGGCGUGUGACAGACCACCCAGACUGGACAACAACGGACUCCUGA